UGAUAAAAGGGAAUACAUCAUACUAAACUACCUGCUGACACAGUCGAGAAUUAAAAAAAAGUGUCGGCAAACGAAAUUACCACGUUUUUUUAUCAGCUCGCCGAGAGCAAGAGGGUGCAAAGCAAAUGGUAUAAUAUCAAAAAAUUAUAAAAUAAAACUUGGGUUAACUGUUGGUCAUGAAAACAAUCAUGGAAGAAACAAUAUUGUAUCAAAAUUCAGAAAUAUUUGUAAUGAACGUUCCAAAAAUGAACAGAUUUUGCUUCGUAUAAUUUACAAUGAGACAAGUUCUAUCCCUGAAUUCAUUAAUAUAAAUAUUGGUUCAUUUGUAUCUCAUCGGGGAACCAUGCAAAGGCAUACCAAAUCGAAUCAACCAACAUCACCACAAACCAUGACCGAUUUCCAUUACCAAUUGACUGGAGACUAUGUUCAUCUUUCAAUGAUGGAUAAUGUACCAAUUUAUAUGGGAAAAAUAGGUAUUGACCCUGAAGAAGGGAUAACAAUGCUGUUUGUAUUACCAGAAAUUAAAAAUAUACUGAGGACUGGAUCAACGUUUUUGAUGGAUGGUACAUUUGCUGCUGCUCCAUCAUUUAACCGGGAGUGUCAACAGCUAUAUGUUAUAAUGGGUAUAACAUUUAACACCGGAUUCCCAAUAGCAUUUGCUUUGAUGUCAAGAAAGACAGCGAGUGCUUACAAUGCUUUAUUUAAACGGCUAUUAGAAAUUGAGCCACAGUGGACACCACAAACAAUUAUUGUAGAUUUUGAGAGAGCUGCAGUGGUGUCAUUGAAAGCAAUUUUCAAUAAUGUUAUGAUAAAGGGUUGUUGGUUCCAUAGCUCUCAAGCUCUGUGGAGAAAAGUGGAAGAAUUUGGAAUGAUAGAAAUAUGUACCAGGCAUCGAAAUCCAUAUGACAUCAUACAUAUGCUAAUGGCAUUACCACUUUUGCCUGUGGAUAAGGUGAUGGAAGGCUUUCUUUCUAUAAGACAAUUUUACACAGAAAGUGUUGAAAAUAGUUUGUCAGUGGAUAGCUGUAGAAUAUUCCAAAGAUAUUUCCAGUAUUACAAAUCUACAUGGCUCCAAGGACCAAAUGCAGACAUCUUGUCCAUCAACAGUGUUAUUUGGCUGACAAACAAUGUGUUGGAAGUUAGCCAUCAACACCUUCGCUUGCAUUUGGGUAAUAUGGGUCAACCAGAACCAUGGGUGUUUUUAAAAGGGUUAAUUACAUACUCAAGUGGUCUAUUGGCCAAUUACAAUUUGACAAUUGAUGGUAUCCAGGUCAGGGAACCACAACAGCAAAUCUGGAUAGACCACCAGCGAAACCUCGAUAUGGCUUCUUGGCUGUUAGCUGAAGGGCGUUACACAGUAACUGAAUUUUUGGCAUGUACUAAACAUGUUACUCCAAAUUUUGGAGUAUUCAGACCCAUGCAUAUUGCCCAACCACUUCCACUUCCUGAAAUACAACCGGUCGUUGAGAAUCGGCAACCAGUUAAUACCAGGGAAUUUAUUUUAGAAAGAUGGCCUAUUGUUGAUGGGGAAAUAAAUAUAUUGCAUCUUAUUCAUGGUCUGGACGAUGAAGUAGAAAAUAUACCACGUUCAAUAUUACAGAAUAAUACAUAUAUUAGUCUUGAAGACUUGACCAUUGAACCAAUCAUAUCUGAAACCUGUUGUAUAUGCCAUAACUCAAUGCCCACUGUCAUAGCAUUACCAUGUAGACAUCAAGGAUUGUGUGCUCCUUGCCAUCAAACAUACAUAAGGAUGCCACCAUACAGAACAAUACCAUACUACAGAUGCCCUUUAUGUAGAGGAGAAAUUGCAACAUAUUUUAUAAUUGUUUGACAAAUAUAAUAAUAUUCUAAUAGCCAAAUU